AUGGCAUCAGGUGGAAACAGUGGUUUAAAAGAUGCCUUCGAUAAGUAUUCAAGGUUUGGUAAAACUGAAACACAAUUGAAAGAAAAAGAUAUUCGUAUUGAUUCAAAAAAUAUUCAAAAAAUGAUGAAAGAUGCCGGUGUUGUUGAUAAUACUUAUACAACUCAAUUACUUGAUAAUGAUAUUGCACGUGUUCUUGGUAAACUCACAUCUGGAGGAACGUAUUCUAAGGGAAUUAAAACAUUUGAACUACAAGGUUUUAAACAACUUAUUGAUCAAGUUUCUGCAUCGAAAAACAUAUCUACUGAUCAAAUUUUUGCACAAAUCAAUGCUUCAGGAGGACCAAGUUUAGUUCAUGUCACCACUACUGCUAAUAAAAUUAUAACAGACCGUAUGACUGAUGCAAGUCAAUAUACAGGUUCGCACAAAGAACGUUUUGAUGCCGAAGGGCAUGGCAAAGGAAAACCAGGUCGUGUUGAUGGAUUUAAAAAUACAGGUUAUGUUGGCAAUUAUAGAGGAGAAGGGACUUAUGAUCAAAAGCAUUAG